AAUGUUUCUAGGAAAAGCUGGAGUUAUGGCCUUAUAUGCAAAAAGAAAGUUUGAUUAAAAAGGUAAGUUGCCACAUUAAUACUUAUUGGAUCAUCAACAAAAAUUCUAAUCUUAAUUGAAGAAAAAGAAUAUUUAUAGCAUUUGUUAAUAUCCAAAAGGAGCAUGGUUUUUAGGAAUGGUAUUUGUAUCUUCAGGAAUAUCAUUGUUAUACAUAUUACUUAAGUAUGAUAAAGGAGAUUUAACUUUGUGGUGGAGAUUUUUGAUUAUUAUUGGAAUGACAAUGUAUUCUAUUUCUUAAAUCUUCAUUUUAGUUUGGGAAUUGUAUUUUUAACUACUGUUGAUAGAAUGAAAUAUGAAAUACACAAAACUCAUCAAAUCUUAUUAAUCGAAAGAAUGAAUCCAUUUCUCUUUUGCCGUAAAAUAACAAUAAUUAAGGAUUUGGAAUAAUUGGAUGAUAUAAGAAUAACUAAAAAAGGUCAUAAAUCGGUUGAGUACUACACUAUUUAAUUUAUCUUCAAAGAUUCUAAAGUAGAUACUCUUGAGUAUAAUGAAUUAAGAGAAGCUAAAUUGAAAUUUACAGAAAUUACUACAUUUCUAGAUUAAUAAAAAGAUUUAGGUAAAAUUAAAAUAGAACAUGAAGUUGAUCCUUAUUAUGAAUUUGUAAAAAAUUCUAAUUUAAAUAAUACUAAUACAAACAAUAAUGAUAAAAAUAAUAAUGAUAGUUAAAAAAUUGAAUUAAAUAAAGUUAAUUAGUCAUCAUAUUAUAAUUAAGAGAAUCAAAAAUCAAUAAUUGAGGAGAAGGAUAAAGAAAAUGAUGUAUUAUUAUGA